AUGCCUGAUAAUUUGUUUAUUGCUGCUGGGGAGGAAAGUGUGGAGUUAGGAGUCCAAAACCAAAGGCAAAAGGGUGUAGCAGAAGAGGUGUAUGUUCAUCCUUACUCCAUAAUUCCUCCCAAUCCUUCUGUUGGGUUGGAUUUGGAGGACCAAUCCCUGGAUGACAGGUGCAUUUUUCACGUGCCCCUAGUUCCAAUAGAAGAAAUAGAACUAGAGGAGGGAGAAGUGCUACCUCCUUGCGAAAUCUGUGCUUCUUCACAGCCACUUAGCACAUCAAUCCAUGGAAAUCCUAUCAUACCAGGAUAUGGAGGAUUGAAACUUGAUCCUGAAUUAAUUGCUGCCAUAGUUACAGUUGUCCGGAGUGCGCAAAUUGAUUUGAUAGAUCCUGAUCUCCUGACCAUGUUUCUAAGCAACCCACAAUUGGUUGAGAAGGAGAUGAAAGUGCUACUAGCUUCAAGCCUUCUUGCAACUGAGGAAAUACCAAAGCCCAGCAUGGCUGAAAGAAAGCCUGAACUCAUAGCACUCCCCCAUGCAGGAAUGCCAAAUAUGGCUGCUGGUUGGCAUGCAAAGAAAGUGAUUGAUGAAUAUGGGAACAUAUAUGUAGGUGGCGACCCAUUGUCCCGAGCUCAAUGCUCCUCCAGUGUGCCCAUAUCUAAAAGGGAACAUGAAUCUGUGGGAGAUAAGCCUCCUUGCAAGUUUUUCAAUACGUCAAAAGGAUGCUGGAAUGGCUCCAAAUGCCGCUUCUCGCAUGAUGUUGAUGCUCCUUAUGCAAAGAGAAGGAAGGCAUAA